AUGCAAUUAUUACACUAUUCUUUCACAACAGUCUGCUCGCUGCCCCCAGAGUACUGUGAAUUUGGCCCACAGAUAGAAAAAUGCAAGGCUUGGUUAAAAGCACAUCAUCCUGAUCUGUACGAGAAUUUGUAUACACAAACUCUCGAAGACCAAAUGGCCAAUACAUCAUUAGAAGACAAUCAGACUGCUGACGCUGAAGAUAAAAAGAAAGCCAGAGAAGCAGCAAAGAUAGAACGCGAACUAGAAAAGAAAAGGGCUUCGAAAGUGAUUAUCACCCGCAUCGCACGAAAUAAACGAAAAUGUGUUACGAGUGUUUAUGGACUUCAGAAUUUUGACAUUGAUCUGAAGAAAGCAGCAAAGACGUUUGCCAAUAAGUUUGCAUGUGGGUCAUCGGUAGUAAAAAACAAUCAAGGAAACGAUGAGAUAGUUGUUCAGGGAGAUGUUAGUGACGAUUUAGAAGAAUUCAUCCCAGCGACGUGGAAGAAUGUUCCAGAAGAUAACAUUGAACUCGUUGAGGAUAAAAAAAAGAAGUGA